CGUGAAAUACAUUGUUGACAGGACAUGCGCAUGAAGUGCUACAAUUUACAUGAUUAUAAAAAGGCUUACAAUGAUUGGAAUCAUACAGAUAUGACAUUUAUAGCACAUAACUGUAACUGUACAAAUAGAACCAAAUGGACCCAUUGGGGCCUUUAAUACAGUAUUCAAUAAAACACUAACAUGUAGCUAUCUUUUGAUAGAUGCUAGGUAAGACGAUGCUAGGUAAGAGGAAGAGCCCACAGAGAGAUCUGCUGUCAUUCUGGGCAGUGCCAGCCCCCCCUUAUGCACCCCCGGAAAAUGAGAGUGCAGAGGGCACAGAAGAAAUGGAAGAUAAAGCGAGAUCAGAAGAGAUUGAGGACAGUGAGGGCGAAGAUUUUGAUUGUAUACAAAUUGAAAACACAGAGACAGAAGAGCCAGCAGAAAAAAAUGUGGAGAUAAGAAUAAAUUCAGGGAAGAAGCAGAAGGCCAAAAGUGGAGCAGCCCUCUACAGGUGCACUUUUAAAAGGGAGUGGACAGCAGAAUGGCCCUUCAUUAGUGUAGGCACAACCACCGCCUACUAUUGGUGCUCUGUUUGCCGACAUGAGAACAGCUGUGCCCAUCAAGGCAAGGCUGAUGUCGCAAGGCAUAUCAAAAGCAAAAUACAUCGUUCAAAAGAACAGGCAGCACAGUCAACAGCCAGCAUUGCACCAUAUUAUGGCCCAGCCACUGUUGGUGGCAUGACAUCUCAGGAAGUCAAGACAAGGAGAGCUGAGGUAAAGUUAGCAGUGUCGAUGGUGGAACACAAUGUGCCAUUUGCAGUAGCCGAUCACUUCAGCCCAUUGCUGAAAGAAUGCUUCAAAGAUUCCCCUACUGCACAGAGCUUCAAGGCUGCCCGCACAAAAAUGUCCUGCAUAAUAAAUGAAGCAGUGGCUCCUCACUUUAGAAAGGAACUGGUCAUGAAGAUGAGGACCAAUCCUUUCACGUUGAUCACAGAUGGAUCAAAUGAUACAGGACGUGAGAAGAUGAACCCGCUCACUGUGCGGGUAUAUGACAGUGAUCUCAGCAAAGUUGUCCACAGGUUCCUGGAUAUGUGCCCCACCAGCGGGCCAAACUGCGGCACAGCUGAAGUCAUCUACAAGAAGAUGGAUGAGGCCAUGCAGAAAAACGCCAUACCAUGGAGAAACUGUGUCAGUCUGUCAGUUGAUAAUGCCCCUGUCAAUACAGGAGCAAGGAACUCCAUCGCAUCCAGAGCUCAUCAAGAACAUGGCAGUAUCUACAUCCAUGGGUGCCCUUGUCACAUCAUCCACAACACUGCCAAACAGGCUGGCCAGGCCUUUUUGGAGGUGUGUGGAUUUGAUCCAGAGGAUCUCGCUGUGGAUGUUGGAUAUUGGUUUAAAGGAAGCACCAAUCGCAAAGGUUACCUAACAGAAUUCUGUGAGCUCCAUGGAAGUGAGUAUAUGGAAAUGCUCAUGCACGUUUCUGUUCGAUGGUUGAGCCUGGAGAAGUGUUUGACUCGUAUCCUGCAGCAGUAUGAGCCACUGGCCAGCUACUUCAAGUCAUUAAAUGACAAACAGCCAAGGUUCAGGAGGCUUGUGGUGGCAUUCUCUGACUCAAUUACAGAGGUGUACCUACUGUUCUUUCAAGCAACUUUUCCAGUCUUCUCCACAUUCAACCUCCUCCUCCAGAGAGAGAAGUCGUCAAUCUUCCUACUACAUGAUGAGAUGAGGGGUUUUAUCCGCAAGCUGCUCUCAAAGUUUCUGAAGCCCGCAGCAUUGCAGCACCGGGAACUGCAUGAAAUAUGCUUUAAGGAGCCAUCCAACCAACUGCCAGGAGAAAAGUUGGUGAUUGGCUUCACUACUCGAGUUACACUCAACAGGCUCCUUGAAGCAGGAGCCAUUACACCGCAGCAAGUGCAGAGGUUCCAGAAGGCAGCAGUGGCGUUUCUGGAAAGGGCUGUGGAGUAUGCCAUCAAGAAACUCCCCAUGAAAGAGCCUCUGAUUAAACAUGCCAUGUUUCUGGAUGUCCAGCAGAGAGCAGAGUGUGGAGUGGAAGAUGCCUUCUACUUUGUCGACAGAUUUCCUGAACUUCUCCCAUACAAUGGACCUGAAGAGCGUGACAAACUUUGUGAGGAGUUUCUGGACUACCAGACCAUGGACAUUGCCAUGCCCGACGACCCAGCAAUGUUUGACUUUGAGAGAUUUUGGGGGAACAUGGCAUCAAUGAAGAACAAGGUGACCGGUAUGAGCAGAUUUGGCAGGCUGUCUUGUAUUGCCAAGUUGGUCUUGGUCAUGCCUCACUCCAAUGCUGAUGCAGAGCGAGUUUUCUCUGUGGUUGGACUAAAUAAGACCAAGACCCGAAACAGUUUGGCUCUUGAGGGAACUCUGUCAUCCAUCAUGACCGUGAAGAUGGCGAGCCUUGAGCCAGACUGUUUUAAGUGGGAGCCCCCUGCCUCUGUCAUCAAGGCAUCAAAAUCUGCCACCAACACCUACAACGUUAGACAUGCUAAAUGAUUGACAAAUAAAUGUAUUUUGUCAAAAUUCUUGUCUUGUUAAUU